UACUCUAGCGUUUCAAAUGAUGACUUAAUAAGAAGGUGCAUGGUAUGGAGUAACAUUCAUACGUAGAUAGGUACUCUUACUUAGCGGUUUUUGUGCGAAAAAGAAAAUCAUGAAGUAUUUUUUCAGCUAUUUCUUUUUUGUAUUAUAUUUAGUGCUUACAGAAUGCCACUACACAGUGCCUAACAUUUUUGAUGAGAAUUAUUUUUCACAAUAUGCUGAUUGGGGUAACAAUUACAAUGGAUUUCCAUAUGGAGGAUCCGACAAAGUUCAAAUUCAAUUAUAUUACGAAGUUUUUUGCCCUCAUUGCAGAACCUUUGACACGGUGCAAUUUCGACCAGUAGUUGAAAAACUUAGUCCUUACCUUGAUAUUAAGACUUAUCCAUACGGAAAUGCUGAGACUUAUGAAAAUAACGGUCAAACUGUUUUUAAAUGCCAACAUGGACCUACGGAGUGUUAUGGGAACAAGCUUCACGCUUGUGCCCUAGAUCUGAUUCAAAAUCAAACCACAGCAUUGAUUUACAAUACUUGUAUGAUGGAAUAUUCCCAAAGCGAUCGAGGAUCGGACGAUAACGCAGCUGAUAGAUGUGGCGCGUCAAUGUCAAUCGAUUCUACGCCUAUAAAACAAUGUGCAAAGGGCAACAAAGGAACUGAACUUCUAAAGUAUUACGGAGUGGAGAGUAAAAAGGCAAAUUUCAAACACGUCCCGUACAUUCUAAUUAACGGUGUUGUCAACGAUGGCAAGAACUUUAUGAAGGACGUUUGUGCAGCUUUUUCUAACCCUCCCUCACAGUGUGUGAACGUAUUUUGAAAAAUAAACAUAUAAAAGUAUUUGUGAUUAUUAAA